AGACAAGUUUGGCUCAAGGUAGCGGCGCAGGUGUCAGAAGUUGAGCUUGGCAUGAACUGCGGCGGUGGCGCCACGGGCGGGGCCCGUGAAGAGGAAGCAGGCGGUUGCGCGGUGAUGCACGACGGCAACGAGUGCAGCAAAUCGACCUUGGUGUCGACGUCAACUGUAGCCGAGGUCCUCGCGAAGCUCUCAGUGCUUCGCGGCUCGCUUGCGAACGGCCAGACAGCUGUUGGCACAGAUGAGAUGGUUGGCAGACUUUCUCAGAACAGCAGCUCAGCUAGCAAAACAGCAUUACAUUGGAGUUCAGAGCGCGGCACCAGAACUACGACAAGUGCAAGCAGCAAACACGCCAGAGCGCCCAAGCAGCAGAGUCUCGGGGGCGUGACGACGAGCAAGGAGAGCCGCGAGCAGUUGUCGUGGAAGGCCACUUUCAUCGAGCUGCGCGACGACGAGCGCCCGGGCUCACUCAGUCCUAGGCCUUCCAGCGAGCCCUGCAGCGAGUCGUCUUCCAACCGCAGCACGUUCUUCGACGCCGACCGCAUCUGCAUGGCUGCGCUGUCGAAGCACAUGGAAGAGGCGUGGGCCUCGAACGACCGGAAGACGAUGAGGAAGUUCUUGUCCGCGGACCCGAAGGGCGACUCCCAGGACGAGGCCUACGAAGAGGGAGCAGACGAUCGCGCGGUGUUGCACGGCGCCGACGCACGCAGCUCGGCACAGGCGCCCGUGAACGGCUCGGCUGCGAACGGCCAGACGGGUCCGAGCAUGGAUGCGGCGGGCAACGGCCUGUCGGAGGGCAGCAGCGCAGGCUCGGUGUCCGAGCGCGGGGCCAGGAUCCCAGGGACGCGAAGCCACGGGCUCGCCAGAGCGCCCAAGAAGCAGAGCCUUGGGGACGCGACGAGCAAGGAGAGCCGCGAGCAGUUGUCGUGGAAGGCCACGUUCCUCGAGCUGCGCGACGACGAGCACCAGGGCCUACUCAGUCCUCGGCCUUCCAGCGAGCCCUGCAGCGAGCCCUCUGCCAGCCGCAACGAGGUCUUCGACGCCGACCGCCUCAGCACCGCUGCGCUGUCCAAGCACAUGGAAGAAGCCUGGGCCGCAAACAGCCGUGAGACGAUGAGGACGAGCCUCGAAAAGCGGCGCUUGUCAGCCGCCGCGGAGGCUAUUGGCAACCUCCCCGAUCAGCUGAACAGCGUUGUGCAGAACAAGGCUAAGAGCCUCGCCGAAAGCGUCAAAACCGACCUGGCCUUGGUACUGAAGGCAAUUCGCCGUAGCGGUGGGGACGAUGAUGUUGUCGACGUAGCCAUCGAUGAGUUGGGGAAAAUCCCAGAGAUCAUCAGGAGCUCGUUUGACUCUAAGAUAUUGGAGGCGAAUGGCGCGAUGCGACUGAGGCUAAGUGCUAUCAUGCAGAUCAUCAAGAGUAACACACCUGAGAGCAAAGAAAUGGUGACGCAGUUGUGGACUAUCCCCGAGGAGCUGGAGCAGAUCACUGGGGAGGCGGUUGAUCAGGCCGUGCAGGAGUCCAAGCGGGAGGCAACUAGGCAUUGCGAUCGCGUGCUAAGGAGCUUGCCGCAGGACGCAGGGGUGAGUCGACGGGCUUUGAAGGACGCAAAACUACACAUCGCGGAAGCGGUGCCCGAAAUGUAUUCCGAGACAAUGCGGGCCUUGAGGCGCACGACCAAUGCGAAUGUGAAGCAUGCCGUGGCCCACGUAGACGAUCCCAACACGGUGCCGGUCACGAACUGUUUGAUCGCCGACGUGCUUCUGAGGGCAAAAGCGGGCACGUUGCCGCACACAGACGGCGCGGGCAUGCCCCAGUCCAGCUAUUGGGCGACCGACAUCGAGGACCCCAGCGCGCUCGCGGGCGAGGGAGACCCUGCCGCACCUGCCAGUGUCGACGCCAGCGCCAUGGGCGCUAGCCACCAGAACGCUGGGAGCUUCGGCCACCCGGAGAUGUGCGUACGGCCGUGCUUGUAUUUCUUGCGGGGCCAGUGCACGAACGGCGGCGCGUGCAGGUUCUGCCACUACCAGCACCCAACCCGGCCCGUGCACCUCGGGAGGCAGCACAGGAAGACCCUGGAGGCAAUGACAGCGGUCGAGUGUUUCGGCAUCUCGGCGCCCAUCCUCGAAAGGAAAAUGACCAUGAUGAACUUGGCCACGGACACGCUCAAGACGCACAUCAGCCAGCAGCGCACGGGGCUCGGGGGGGCCACCGCUGUCAGCCGGGUCAAGCCUCGGGAGCUGCGGACUUUGGAGAAGGCUUUUGGAGCGUUGUCCAUGCGGUCGCUGCUGGUUGUUCUGCAGAGGAAGUUGGGGCAGCAGGCCUCGAUCGAGAAGUCGUGCGUGGACGCGCUGCUCCACGAGUUGCGCGGCGCGGGGUUCCUAGUUGACACCGGGGAAAAGGCCCACGAGGACGCCUGAGCACGGCCAGCCCCGCCCUAGUCCUGUGUCCUCCUCCUCCUCCUCCUCCUCCUCCUCCUCCUCCUCCUCCUCCUCCUCCUCCUCCUCCUCCUCCUCCUCCUCCUCCCAGUAGCCCUUGAUGAGAGCCCCAAAGGACUGGCACAGGGUGGAGCCCAGCCGCGUCACAGUGAUGGAGGUUGGUCCAUCAGGGAGGAAUCAUUACCCUCUCUUCUGAGUGUUAGUGCACGGUCUGGCCGUCAAUGCGUGAGCGUAGCAAGAUUUAGUUCGCAUUGCGUCCAUUUUUAACGCCGCCAGGUUGCCGAGCAUCUGCUCUUGUUCCCGCACUUCUGGUCGAUACCUCUGUGCGGAGUUGAGCUUUCCACACUGGCCCGGACGCAUGGCCGCCAGGGCAGUCAGCCGAUCGAUCUUUCGAUCGAACAGUCAGGCAGUCGAUAGGCCAACCAAUCAGGCCACGUACCAAUCUGCACUACGAUCAACGAGGCAAUCGAUCCAUCAAUCAAGCCAUUAUAUCACCGACAUGUCGAUCCUUCGAUCUGGCAUGCUCUCCUGUAUCGGAGUCAAAGCUAAGAUGUUGGUGUCAAUUGCGAUGCUCGUCCUCAUCUUCCUGCUUAUCCCCUUCCUCAGCUUCGACCGAAGCUCUCGCCAAGGAGACGGGCGGGGGAUGGGCGGGGAACGGGAGCCGAGCACGUGCUGGCAUUCCCCCCGCCCCUCCGAGCAGGGACUGGCAAACGGUCUGACACCGCCCGAGACGCCGGAGGCACAGAAGUUGCCGCCAGUUGACCCCUCCUUUUCUCCCUCGUCGUCCUCCUCCUCCCCUCCUCUAGGCUGGCGCUCUGCCUGGUGGAGUCCCACUCCUCUCAGUGAGGAAGCUGGCAGCUGGCAGCCGACAAGUUGGCACAGAUGCUGACUCAUACUUCGAGCGACUGGCAUUUUCACCGCCUGGGACAGGGGCCAUAAAAGAGCUGCCCAGGUCGACCUCCGACACUGGCAUCGCCGUGCAAACCUUUUCGUUGCCGCCAGUCUGAGUCUGGCCAGAUACUACGCCCCUUGCCUCCGCGCUUCCACGGCCUCUCGGCACAUCAGCUGCAACCGCGGAAGCGCUGGCCAGGCAGGGGAUCCUUGGGUCUGGCCCUCGGGCAGCCAUUUUGGCCGCGGGAGCAGCUGGCAGGGGUCUGCACCAAUGUGCUCACUCGAGCGCCCCCACUCGCAUUCCCGGCUGCAAAGGCCGCGCCUGUGGGUGGUGACAGAUUCAAAACGGUCUGACAUGUCCAGUUCGGCAGAGGACGACACUUCGUCGAAGGGCUCGCGAUAUCGGGGUCAUUCGGCCACGAUCGUCGAACGACCCGCUUGCGAAUCUAUUUCUUUCUUCGAUCACGCAGGUCCAAGCCUGUUGAUCAUUGGCCCACGGUCAGCCAGCCAUUUUUGUGAGUACAGAGCCUUGCACGAUUGAGCGCGCCGAGGGAAGACUUCUAACAUGGGUGACUGAACCUUCAUUCCAGAAUGUUAGUCGACGCUUCUCCGGAAA